AUAAUUUAUGUUUCUUUAUUUUUCAGACCACUAGAAUUUCCUACCCACUGAUUAUGUAAGGAAUAUUUCUGGAAGAAAACUCAAGAAUGAAGGGGCUGACUGUUGAUCAAAUCAGUGCUGAUCGGGUUACAUUUUUAGCCCAGCAGUAUUGGUCUCCGGAUACCAGGGAUACUCAUCUUGCUUAUGACCCACAGAUAAUUGAAGAUGUUUAUGAAAGUGAAGUUAGAGCAACAGACUUUUCUAAUAGACGUAUUGUUGUACUAGAAUUAAGUCAGUUCUUAGAGAACUAUGUGUGGCCUAAUUACUCGGAAGAUGCUUCCCCUGCACAUCUCAUGUUAGUUGUCAUUUUAGUUAACGAAAAAUUCCGUGAACGAGUGCCAGCUUGGGAUUCAUUUGUUAAGCAUCCCGGUCCUUUCCCUAGCUUUCUGCGACACUUAAUGAAAGCCUGUUUAGACGAUGGUUUGACAUUCACAGUGAAGGAGCAAACUCAUAUGAUUGUAUUUUUAAAUCACCUUUAUAAUAGUAUUGAGACAGACUUAAUACGAGAUGGCAUUAGCCACACAGUAUCAUAUAAUAUAUUAGAAUGUUUAUCUGAAGGUCAAAUGCAAAAUGUUCUGAGAGAGUUUCCAAACUGGAACAAAGCUAUAAAGAGGACUGCUAGGCACAGAAAAAAGCUGCAAGGUACUGAAUUGGAAAAUUUUGAUUUUGACACAAAUUUUUUAUAUUCUCUUAUGCAACAAUUCUUGAAAAAGCUAUCUCAAGUUUCAACAAAUGAGGCUGAGACAAGUGAGGAUAUUGUACAUUACUGUGAAAGAUUCUUAGAAUUGAUGAUUGAUCUUGAGUCUCAGCUACCUACCCGUAGGUUCUUUAAUACUCUUCUUCAUUCAAGCAAUUUUCUUGUAAAAUGUCAGUUAUCAGCUCUAGCAAACCAUGAAGAAGGCAAACUCUUUUCACAGUUACUCUAUAUCUUGAAAGUAUUUGGGCAGUUUGAGAUAAAUGAUAAUACAGGACAGCCUCUGUCAGAUUUAGAUGUUAUGAAAAUUCACUAUGAUCAAAUUAAACAGUUGCAGAGUACCACUUUUAAACAUUUUACAAGUUUGACACCAUUUAGUUUUUCUAGUGUGGCGGGAGUUGAUGACGCCAAUACUUUACGACAGUAUAUUGAACAGUUGGAAGAUGAAGAAUUGCAAAAACUCUGUCAUUUGAUGCAUCUUUUGCCCAAAGAGGAUGAAGGGGAAACUAACAGAAAAUUUCUGAUUGAAAUUAUUCUGUGGAAAUAUCAGCGACGCAUUUCACAACUUGAAGCAAUAAAUAGAAUGCCAUUGUAUCCGGUGGAAACUAUCAUUUGGGAUGACAAUAUUGUUCCCUCAGAAUACUUUUCAGGGGAUGCCUGUUUAGCUUUGCCUAAGUUAAAUCUCCAGUUUCUUACUCUUCAUGACUAUUUGUUGAGAAAUUUUGAUCUUUUUAGACUUGAGUCUACCUAUGAAAUUCGACAAGAUAUUGAAGAUAUAGUCAUGAGAUUGAACCCUUGGGAAGCUGAAACUGGCAGUGUUGUCUUUAGGGGAUGGGCUCGAAUGGCCCAGCCAAUUGCAAACUUUGCCGUGUGUGAAGUAGCCAAGCCAAAUGUAGGCGAGGAUAAACCGUCGAGAGUGCGUGCGGACAUAACGGUGAACUUGAGUGUAAGGAGAGAAAUAAAAAGUGAGUGGGAAGCUCUUAGAAAACAUGAUGUUUGCCUUAUACUAUCCAUAAGUCACCCUAAAGAGUACCCAAACCCAAAUGGAUAUUUUCCGGAAGAGUGGGGUAUCAAGUAUGUUCGUGGAUGUGAAGUAGAAGGCAUGUUAGAUGAAAAUGGAAGGGUUAUUGAGGAAGGCCCAGAACCAAAGCCUGAAUUGAAGGGUGAAACCAGAACAUAUCGAGUAUGGCUUGAUUGCAAUCAGUACAAAAUUGAUAUGGACAAUUUAAAGUUGAGCGAGAGUCACGAUGAUGUUUAUGAAACCUUUAAUGUAUUAAUGAGGAGGAGGCCAAAGGAAAAUAAUUUCAAAGCUGUGCUUGAAACAAUUCGUGACCUCAUGAAUACCAAGUGUGUUGUACCAGACUGGUUAUUGGACAUAAUUUUAGGAUAUGGAAAUCCUGGAGCUGCUCAUUAUUCCAAAAGAGAAAAUGCAUUGUCAACAUUGGAUUUCAAUGACACAUUUUUGAAAUUUGAUCACUUAAAGGAAAGUUUUCCUGGCUAUACAAUUGUAGGUAAGGAGUCUGUAACAAUGGAACCACCGUUCAAGUUGACUUUUGAAGAUCAGAAAACAACUAAACGCACAGCUGACGAAGAGGUAAAAGAUACAAAAAUCAUUCAUGUUGAGCCUUAUGUUAUACCAAAUCGUGGUCCUUAUCCUUACACUGUUCCCCGUAAAAAUAGAGUCAAGUUCACCCCAACUCAAGUUGAGGCUAUUAGAUCUGGUAUGCAGCCUGGGCUUACUAUGGUUGUUGGUCCUCCUGGAACGGGAAAGACUGAUGUAGCAGUUCAGAUUAUUUCCAACAUAUACCAUAACAAUCCUGCUGAGCGUACUCUUGUUGUGACUCACUCAAAUCAGGCUCUCAAUCAACUUUUUGAAAAAGUCAUAGCAUUGGAUGUUGACGAAAGGCAUUUGCUGCGUUUAGGUCAUGGAGAAGAGGCCUUGGAAACUGAAAAAGACUUUAGCAGGUAUGGACGAGUCAAUUAUGUACUAAGUAAACGUUUAGAGUUAUUGGAUGAAGUUACACGACUUAAGGAAUCUUUAGGUGUGGCUGGAGAAAUGGGUGCGUCAUGUGAGACAGCAGGAUACUUUUUCUUGCAACAUGUUCUUGCACGAUGGGAACGGUACAUUAGCAGAGUAACAGCCACACCUGGAAAGCCAGUAAAUGUUUCACAAGUAAAUGACCUAUUUCCAUUCCAUGUGUUUUUCAGUAAUGCUCCUCAACCACUCUUUCAUGGGAAAAGCUAUGAGGAAGACAUGGAAAUAGCUGAAGGCUGUUUCAGAUAUCUUGAAAACAUUUUUACACAGUUAAAAGAAUUCCGUGCCUUUGAAAUGUUGAGGAGUGGAUUAGAUCGUACUCGGUACUUACUAGUUAAGGAGGCCAAGAUUAUUGCUAUGACAUGUACCCAUGCAGCCCUCAAACGAAGGGAGCUUGUUGAUCUAGGAUUCCAGUUUGAUAAUAUUUUAAUGGAGGAAAGUGCACAAAUCCUUGAAAUUGAGACUUUUAUUCCAUUACUCUUGCAAAACCCAGAGGAUGGGCGUAAUAGGCUUAAAAGAUGGGUCAUGAUAGGAGAUCAUCAUCAGCUUCCACCAGUAAUAAAAAAUAUGGCUUUCCAGAAGUACAGCAAUUGUGAGCAGAGUUUGUUUACACGUUUUGUCCGACUUGGUGUGCCAACUAUUCAGCUGGAUGCUCAAGGUCGAGCUCGUCCUUCCAUCUGUGCUCUAUAUAAUUGGCGGUAUGAAAAGUUGGGAGACUUGCCUCAUGUUACUUCUUGGCCAGAAUUUCAAGUAGCUAAUGCAGGAAUGUGGUUUGACUAUCAGCUCAUCAAUGUUGAGAAUUUAGAAGGGCGGGGAGAAACUGAACCCAGAAAAUAUUUUUAUCAAAAUCUGGCUGAAGCAGAAUAUGUAGUUCAUUUAUAUAUGUACAUGAGAUUGCUUGGGUAUCCUGCAUCCAAAAUUUCCUUACUGACCACCUAUAAUGGACAAAAAGAGUUGCUUCGAGAUGUAGUGGAGCAGAGAUGUGCUCGCAACCCAAUUUUUGGCCGCCCACAUAAGAUUAGCACAGUGGAUAAGUAUCAAGGCCAACAGAAUGAUUACAUUCUUCUUUCUUUAGUUAGGACCCGUGCUGUUGGUCAUUUAAGAGAUGUACGCCGUUUGGUUGUUGCCAUGUCACGUGCCAGGCUUGGCUUGUAUGUCUUUGCCCGUGUUUCAUUAUUCAAAAACUGUUAUGAACUUCAGCCUGCCUUUUCACUUUUAACAAGAAGACCAUUACAUCUGCAACUGGCACCAUGGGAGAAUGUUCCUUGCAAUCGCCCAAACACUCGGCCUCCAGAGGGUAAACCAGUUAUAGUUAAAGAUGUUACUCAUAUGAGUAAUUUGGUGCAUGAAAUCUAUUCUAAUGUGUGUGCUUCCAUUAAUGCAGUUGUUUCAUUACAAGCCGGACCUGGUUCAAUGCAAACACAUGAGCUUCCACCAGAUACUGGGGCUCGGUAUGACUCUGAUGAGGAAGUGCAGGCUGAAACAGAAGAGGCAGAGGAAUCAGUGAUGAUUGUUAAUGAAGUGUGAUCAUUGUGCUCUCUUGAUGUAAAAUUAUAUUGUAUAUUGGAUGUAGAUGGAGUAGAAAGAUUUUUUUUAUUGUAAGAUAAUUUCUUGGUUCUGAAAUUGAUGACUGACGUAAAUGGUGACGUUUAAUCAUCUAGGACCAAAGGAUGACUACAUUUUUACACGGUUGAAAGCAGUACUGUUGAAAUCUUUUGAAAUAAGUACUAUUGCUGUUUUUUAUGAUCGUUAUGUACAAAGAAUUAUUUGUAUAAAUUUAUGAAUGAA